CAGCUCACGCACGUCCACAUCGUGUGUGCGUGGGAAAUGUUUACUGUGCGGAUCUAAUAGAGAGACUAAACGCGCUUUUGUACUGAGGGAAUUAUGAAAUCAAACCUCUUUUAACAAAAACGCUAUUCUCUAAUCAAAAUAUCUUUCUUCAAUAAUCGAGUAAGAACAAUUGACGCUUUGGAAAUCAAGAUCGAAAAUAAAGAGGCCCAGGAUUGAUCGAGGUCCCUCCCAGCAUGGAAGGAGAUGUAGACGGUCCGAGCAGCUGGUGUUUGUCCCAGGUCAAAGGGGCAGUGGAUGAUGAUGUAGCUGAAGCUGACAUCAUCUCUGCGGUGGAGUUUAAUCAUUCCGGGGAGUUGUUGGCCACAGGAGACAGGGGUGGAAGAAUAGUGAUCUUCCAACAGGAACAAGAGAGUAAGAGUCUUGCGCAGUGCCGUGCGGAUUAUAACGUCUACAGCACGUUCCAAAGUCAUGAGCCUGAGUUCGACUAUCUGAAGAGUCUGGAAAUCGAGGAGAAGAUCAACAAGAUCCGCUGGCUUCCUCAGAAAAAUGCUGCACACUUCCUGUUGUCAACAAACGACAAAACCAUCAAGCUAUGGAAAAUCAGUGAGCGAGACAAGAGACCCGAGGGGUAUAACCUGAAAGAGGAAGAUGGGCGCUUCAGGCAUCCUUCAUCACUGACAACACUACGGGUUCCAGUAUUCCAGCCGAUGGAUUUGAUGGUGGAGGCGAGCCCAAGACGCGUUUACGCCAAUGCUCACACGUACCACAUCAACUCCAUCUCAGUAAACAGUGACAACGAGACUUAUCUAUCUGCUGAUGACCUCCGGAUCAACCUGUGGCACCUGGACUUCACCGACCGAAGCUUCAACAUUGUUGAUAUCAAGCCGGCUAACAUGGAGGAGUUGACAGAGGUGAUCACGGCAUCAGAGUUUCAUCCGCUCCAGUGCAACACGUUUGUGUACGGCAGCAGCAAGGGUUCAGUGCGACUGUGUGAUAUGAGAGCGUCGGCUCUGUGUGACCAGCAUUCAAAAUCGUUCGAGGAGCCUGAAGACCCCAGCACACGCUCUUUCUUCUCUGAAAUCAUCUCCUCCAUCUCAGACGUGAAGUUCAGUCACAGCGGACGAUACAUGAUGACCAGAGAUUACCUGACCCUCAAGAUCUGGGACCUUCACAUGGAGAGUCAACCGGUGGAAACUUACGAGGUUCAUGGUUAUCUCAAAAGUAAGCUGUGCUCUCUCUAUGAGAACGACUGUAUCUUUGAUAAGUUCGAGUGCUGCUGGAGGAGUGAUGACAGUGAGGUCAUGACCGGCUCCUAUAACAACUUCUUCCGGAUGUUUGAUCGUGAAGGCCAGCGCGAUGUGACCCUGGAAGCCUCGUGGGAGAACGGCUUGCCUGGCUGCCCGCUCAAGACCUGGCGGGUGAGUGCGGGCAGCAGGCGCAAGAGAAACGAGAUCGGCGUGGACUGCCUCGACUUCAGCCGAAAGAUCCUAUACACAUCCUGGCAUCCUCAGGAUAACAUCGUUGCCUUGGCGACAGUCAAUAACCUUUACAUAUUCCAGGAGAAACUGAAUCAGGACUUUUAAAUUGGUUCAUCCCUGUUCCUGGCUCUAGGAGUUUGGCGGGAUCAGUUCUAACCUAGUAUCCAUGCACAACUUUUCUCCUGCAACUCAUAGUCUUACUAUUAACUACUGUAGUACGAGAGAACCUUUGGAUUAUUAUAUUAUGUUAAUUGAAACACUGUUGGCCGAAGGGAUUUUUAUUUUGUUUGUUUGUUUUUGUUUUUCAUAUUUCUGUAUUUGGUCUUUAUUUUGCACGUCAUUGACCUGUCAGUUUUAGCUUUAAAGUGAUAGUUCAGCCCCUCCUCAAACAAAUGAUAAUUUGGUCAUUAUUUACUCACCCUCAUGGCAAAUUCCAAAUUCUGUAUGCUGUUUUUUUCCAUCUGAUUAAAGUGAAUAAGUCCUCCAAAUAAAAACAAAAGCACCAUUAAGUAGUCCAAACGACUCCUGCACUAUUUUCCAAGUCUUCCGAAGCCAUACGAUAGCUUAUGUGAGGAACGGACUGAAAUUGAUGUUGUUAUUCACUGAAAAUCUUUCCCUCUGCUGUAGAUAAAAAUAUCAAAUCUGUUUAAUCACAAGACUUAUCAGUGCACAUUAUUUGUAAUCUUUUUGUUUUAUUUUCAGUGAAUAACAACUUAAAUUUUAUGUUGCUCACAAACUGCUGUCGUGUGGCUUUAAAUGACAUGGAAUAUAACACACAAGUCACAUGGACUACAUUUAUGUUGCUUUUUUUGAUAAGUUUUGGAGCUUGACAGUCCCAGUCCUCAUUCACUUUAAUAAAAUGGAAAAGAGUGGCCGGUACGUUCUUCAACAUUUCUCCUUUUGUGUUCCAUGGAAAAAGUCAUAUUGGUUUGGAACAACACGAGGUUGAGUAAAUGAUGACUAUUUAAAUUUUUUGGGUGAACUAUUCUUUUUAACAGGAACACGUUCAAGUUAUUUUCAAAAUCUCAAACUCUCAACCAAACUGACCUACGCAACCCUAGAAUCCUGUUUAAUAAGUUUGCAUAAUCAUGAUUAACACUGAAUCAAUUUCUUAAGGUGAAACUCAUGCGCUGGUCUCCCCCCAAAAUAACCUUCUCUUUUCCCACUUAAAGUACAUUCUCCUUCUCAGAACUCAGGCCUGGGCAACAGGAUUUUUCCCGCACCCAAAAGUCUAAUGCCUGAUAUUCGUACACAAGUGCAAUUGACUUGAAGCAGGGUUCCCAAAUAGCAACAGUGCAUUAUUUCUGAUAAAGUCCCUAGUGGAUACAACUAAUUGUGGCAUUAAUUUUAUGCAAUAUCGUUGUGGAAACGAGACUUUUGAUCUGUCUCUUUUUAUUGUUUUAUAUGGAGACACAAAUGUUUUAAGUCUUAAGUAAAUGUUGGUGCUGAUGUGCAUGUUUAUAAUGUCUUAUGGUUUUGGCAUCUAGUGUAUCUUUUUAUUUGCAGCUUUUUAAUACAGGAUGGUUCUUAUGAGGUAAAGUGAAUGCUCUAGAUAUUUUUAUAUGAAUUUUCAAAAAUCGAGAAAUUAUCUCCUUGACAGUGUUCAUUGUAUUUAAUGCAGUCAUGUGACUGUCCAAGAGCUGUUGAGUGGUGCAGAAUGAUACUGUAGCGCGUUUACAUGAUCUGGCCUGCUGUAUAUGAACAAACCCUGAUAUAUGUUCCCUUUUAUCCUAAUAGUUGUAAAACCCAAAUGUAAAAUAAAACUUAAAUUUUAAGUC